AUGGAAACCGCAUUCUUGAAAUCAGCUGGUGGUACUUCACUGUUCUCGGUUGUGAUGAUGCAGACUUGGCCAAAAUUUGGGCAGAAUCUUAAAGCACUCAUUGACCGGGAGAUCAACACUAGGCUUGCGUCUGGUCAGAAGCCGUUGGAGUGUGAUCACAACCAAGUACCGUGUGGAAGCUUGAAAAGAUCUGCAUCCGUUGCAUCCUUGAAACAUUCUGCUUCGGGCAGUAGCUUGCCCAGUGUGGUGAGUGAGGCUGAGGGCAACAAUCGCGAUGCCGAUGCCGAAGUCCCUGAUGUGCCUGUAUCAUCACCGGCGCCGGCAGACUCACAAGAGAGCCAGAUUAUCGUGCAUGGGAAACGAUUGUCUUGGAAGAGGGAUCUGGCGCCACACAUAGACACGUGCCACAGAGGCUUCCUUGUCAAGCGGAUCGGCGACCUUGAAAAGAAACUUACGCAGUCCAAACAGGAUUUGGCCAAGGCGAAGCGUGAGAACAACAAAUCCACGAAACAGUUGGCUAACCUGCAGCUGCAGAUCCACACCAAGGAGCAGGCAGACGAACAAGUCCUCACUGUUCAGAAAACACCGAAAGGUGUCAGGUUCACUACACGGGGAUACUUGGCAAUGGGGAUCAGGAAGGCUUUGGCGAUCACAUCUGCACUAGGGUUUCCCAUGUCUGCACUCGUCGAUGCUUCCCGGCAGACGGUUAUCCGUUGCGAGGCUGCUGCCGAGCAGAAGGGUCGUUCCGACAUCACCGCUACUCAUGCAUUGGUUUCAGCUAUUCAGCAGACGAGUGGCUCAGAGUUGCACGAUGACAUAUCGAGAUUUGGUGAGGAAAACGUGGUUUCCAGCGAUUUGGGUCUGGUUCCUAGCUUCGCAGAUGGUGACACACCAUCCUCAUCAUCCUCAUCCGUACCAGAUACAGUGUCUAGAUGGUUCUGCACGGGAUCUGGUGGCGGUGUUGCGUCGGAACAACUGGAGCGAGUCUUUUGCCUGGGUGGCACUGCGUUUGCGGGUGAUGCUACGAACAGUGGUAUUUGGCGGCGGAACAAACUGCAGGGGUUGCUGCUGACCUCUGCAUGUAUGACGGACUCUGUUAGCCUGUCACACCCCGCCGAGUACAUGAAGGCCUUUGCAUUUCACACCACAGUGAUUCUCGUGUGUGACCUGCAAGUCGUGAACUCUGGCACUGCAGCCAACAAUCUGGCAAUCGUCAUGAAGCAACUUCGGACAGCCAAAUGCCCAAACUGGGAAGAGUUGGCAGACAUGUUCGAGUUGAUUAACAAGCUUCUUGCAGCUCAUGGCAGAUCGUGGGGUUAUUUUGGUGCUGUUGCGAAGAUCUGUCACACUUGGCGUGCCCAUGGUGUCAAGAUCAGCAAGACAUGGCAAGUGCUGAUACCGAAGCCUUGGGAGUACAAGGGCUCUGAGGAGUUCUUGUUGACGGGGCCUCCGGACUUUGUGGUCAGAGUUUUCAUGGCUACAUUUGCAACUCGAGAUUACAACGACAAAGCCGCAGAAGCCAACAAUCCAGAACAAGCCGUGCUAGCUGCAAUCGCUGAGUGUGAUGACGAGCUUGGCAUGGAAGAGGCUCAGGAAUACAGGCAAAAAGUCACGAAGUGGAUUCGUGGUUCGCUGCAGUGUAUUCAAGACAGUCUGUUUUGGUUUGUCAUGGCAGCUGCGUACAAAACACGCGAACCGGUGCGGCACAUGUUCGGUAUACUCUCCAAGUACGGAAAGGCUGCAUCGGCAAGAGUGAAGUCACCUCAUUCCCAGCCAUGCCCGUGCGAUGAUUUACCAAUUGUUGAUUUCGUAACAAGGCGGCUGCAACAAAUCGAUGCUGAGUUCAUCGCGCUCCGGUGGCCAUUUCGUUUGUUCUGGUUCCUCAAAGGUGAGCCCACACAAGCUUGUGAUGUGCGCCGAGGCGUAGCUCGUGAACUGCUCGACGCAGACAUUUCUUCCUUGGAGUCGACAACAAGGAAAUUCAGGGAAACCUGCUUGGUGGAAUUGCAGGCAACAGCUGUGACCGGUUGCAUACGAUUAGAUGGACGAAUUCGGGGAUGCCUCAUUCUGGCUGCUGGACUCAUACGACUGGAUAUCCAGGAAUUAGAAGGACUAAACAGCAUGGUGAAGGUUGCAGUAGCCCGCAGCAACAACAACAGAAUCACACUCGAAUUGCUGACAGCGCGUGUCUGCACGCGAAAGGUAUUGGCGUUGCACACGGACGGGGCAAUACGCUACAAGAGUGUGAUUCCUUGUGCAGCCUCAUUGGCCCGCAGUGCCUACUUGCACUACGGCAAUCACGUUGAUCUCCUCAGAGACACAUCUCGCUGGGAGACUUGCCGUGACGGUAACCUGCAUGCAGGCGACCCUACCAUCUACAACCCCGCUUUGCAAACAACUGCGAAACACAAAUGGGCAAUGAAAUACAACAGUCAGCUGAUGAAGCGUUUGCGAGCCCACGACAAGGACAGAUUGCGACUGAAAGACAGUGUUCUCUCGUUGGUGCUGCCUGGCCCGGCAUCACAGGUUGAUGCUGAGGACGGUGACAAUCCAGCAUCAGAGGUUUGGGUCUGUUGUGGAGUCACACGGUCGCAGACCAUGAUGCUGAACCUUGAUUCGGGAAAGUUCAUGCUGUCGGUUGCCCUGAUUGCGUCCCUGUACAACCAUGUGGAAUCGGCUGGGAAAAACAUCAAGCUCAAGCUGCACACACAGGUGCUGAAGCCAUCAGGGGGGAUGUUGAGGCAGCACAACGAAGCCAGCUUGUUGUGUGAACUUCGGGGGCGUUACAAGCGUGAAACUGUGUCUCGGGAUGCAGCAGGUGUACUUGCAGAUGGGGAUGAUGAAGAGGAGGACAUGUCUGGGGAAGAUGAUGAAGAAGUUCGACAGGUGGGUGACCUACAGAACAUGAGCAAGGAUGAUGAGUUCAAAAUGCUCAUGGGUUGGGAAGAUGAACUUUCCAACGAUGAUUGCGAAGCAGGUAAUGUCGAUGACACAUGCCUCGACGUAUGCAGCGAAGAUGAACACAUGUCUGAGCUAGAGUCUCUUAAUGUCAAGAUGGCGAUCUCAGCAGCCAACCAACAACCUGAGGCGGACUUUGAAGCUUGCACGGAUCGUAUUGCUGAGGAUUGCGACUGCUUGAAGAGUACAAGUUUCUCGACACUGUCGCCAGUGGAAGCAGAAACCGAAGCAUACCUACAAGAAAUACUGCUGAGUAGGCACCAUAUGCAUGCUGAGCAGGGUGACGAUGCACCAGUGCCAACAUCAAGUGCACCACCAAAGGAUGCUGUGUCCGACCGACGUCAUGAUUCCUUCAGACCUCUGUUCAAACCAGCGGCUUCAGCUGUGGAUGAUUUCAGAGCAGCGUGGAGACAGUGUUUUCAAGAUGCGUGUAAAGCUUUGCAGCACAUGCGUGAGAACUCGAAGCGACAGCCGGGGGACAAUGGUAGCUUGGAUGCAAUCUUGUGCUGCUAA